AAGAGCUGUGAGACAAACACAGUGGGAUAAAUAAAGACAGGAACAUGGAGGGCCGUGCGGAGACGACGAGGCAGAGUUGUGUGUGUUUCUGUGUGAUGUUACUGAACAGUGAGAAAUCCAUCUGUGUGACCGGUUGUUUACGGGCGAGGGGGAAACAGGUGUUUUGCUGCCACCUGUCGGGCAGAUUGCGAAGGCGUCAACAGCCAAUCCCUCUCUCCAUAUUAAUGCAAAACAUAUGAACGUAAAAAAAAAAAAAUGUACUGCUGCGUCUAACAAACACAAUCAUUGUUUUAGAUUUGGGGGGGAAAUAGAGCAGAUUACUCAUCCGAAACAACUAAGGAUCACUUUGUGAUCAAAACAAAGUUUAAAAAUAGUUACUAGUUAAAAAGUUUUUACACUUUUUCCUUCUGUGUUGGAUAAAAGAUGUUGGGGUUUUUUGUUUGUUUUUUUCUUUAUCCGACCACAGAUGCAGUGUGUGAUUGCGGCUGUGAAAUCAGCUGCGGACAGCGCCUUGACGCGCGGAUUGAGUGACAACAUGAGGUCGAGCCCUCCUGCAAAGUUGUUGAGCCGGUGUAAAGUUACGAGCGCGCAGGACACACCUCUAGAGGGAGUUCCCGGGGAGGUGGAAACAAGGAGCCGAUCGCCUCUCUCCUGCAGGAAAGUCAGGAGUCCUUUCACUCGGAGCCAGCCCACGGCCGCCGUGCGUCCGUCUCUCCAGCAGCAGUAGCCGUGCCACGAGAGGAAAAUGCCCGGCGGGAUGGGCAACUCUUUACGCGCGGCUGCCCUCCUGGCUUUCGUGGUGCUUUCUAUCCUGGUGUCACUUUUGAUAAGCAGCGUGCAGCAGUUUGGAGCGAGGAUAUCCCACUUUUCCAAUGCAACUCUCGCUGGUGAUGAUGAUGGGGGGGACUUUGCGUCUCUCCGCGGGGCGUUGAUCCACCAACUGAACGAGAGGCGCAAAGAAAUCAUUCCGCUGCUUUUACCUGAUGAUGAUGAUGAUGAUGAUGAUGAUGAUGAUGAUGAUGGUGGUGGUGGUGGUGGUGACGAUGAUGGUGAAAACGGACUGCCCGGAGAGAGUCGACAUUACUUCCAACUUGAUCAAGCUCCAGACUCGACUUUGGAUAACAGCCUGUGGAGUGAGAUCGCGCAUGGCUCGAGGAGGGCGCAUAUGGAUGAAAUGGGUUGCGAUUCGCUGGUGGACAUGCAGGCGGUGGAGGUCCUCGGGUCUGGAUACACCAAACUGGUUGUCAAAGUGAGGCUGGCCGGGGGUCAGCCCGUGGCGUUAAAGCUGGUCAACGAGCAGGGGAUAGACAUGGGGAAGUGUGUGGAGGACUUUAAAGACCCGCACGGCUGCCGAGAGCUCGUCUCUUACAAGCUGAAGAAGGAAAUAGUCCUGUUGCAGAGGCUGCAGCAUCCGAACGUCAUUAAGCUCAAGGGUCACUGUGCAGGGGAUUCAGGAGGACGAGAAGGAGGGGAAGGAAGAGUCACAGUCAUUCUGGAGCAGGGGAAUCCUCUCCAGAUGAUCCAGCUGCUCCAGAGUCCCUGGGAGGACAGAUUCAGGGUGUGUCUGGAUCUGGUCAGGCUCCUUCACUUCCUGUCCCAGUCUCCUCUGGGCUCCGUGGCUCUGCUGGACUUCCAGCCCCGGCAGUUUGUCACCGUCUCCGGCAGCCUAAAGCUCACGGACCUGGAUGACGCCAGCGCCGAGGAGACCUCCUGUCGGACAGAUGCGGACUGCACCCUCCAGUUUCCACACAGAAAUUUCACUCUGCCGUGCUCGGCCCGGGGAGUGUGUGAGGGCCUGAGUGAGAAGAGGAACAUUUACAACGCCUAUAGGUAUUUUUUCACCUACCUGCUGCCUCACCAGGCCCCGCCCGGGCUCACACACCUGGUAGACCACAUCAUGAACUCAACAGGGGAGCUGAAAGCUGACAUCAAUCAGACGCUGGAGGCCUUUGAACACAUCCUCCUCCUCUACAAGUCUGGCCUGCACCUGGACAACCUGCCUCCAUCAAUAAUCAGAGAUUACACCGUGAUGCGAGGCAUGGGGACCUCUGGGAACGUGGAGUACCGCUGCUGGCCGUCGUACAGCCAGCAGGGCUGCGUGCUGUCGGUGCACAGCGCCAGGGAGGCAGCGCUCAUCUGUAACUCCCACUCCCAGUGCAGCAGCUUCACUCUGACGGGACAGAAGACAUGGACGGGUCGCCUCCUGGCCUCCUUCAGGAGCAGCUUCGCUCAUCUGGUGCCUGACGGGACGUCAGAGGUGUAUGUGAAGAAAACCACGGCCCCUGAGACGUCCACGGUGUGAGGCAGGGAACGAGUAGAAGUGUUCUGGCCGAGCAGGAUGAAAGAUAACACACAGUCAGUGAUGUGCGCUUAAGAUGAGAAAACGUGCUCCUCGCGAAAACAUGACAUUGAAUGCGCGACCCGGCUCGGCGGCGUUGCAGGAAGGAGCGCAGAGGCUGGGCCGAGGAGGAGGAGACGUUUGAAGUGAGGCAAGUGAAUGUGAUGUAUUUAUAGGGCUUCUGCUCAGUGACUGUUUGAUGUGCCUGCCAGUUCACAGCCUUUGCCAACUACUAUUUAAAGGGAUUUCCCUUCAGGUACAAUUUAGGAGGGGAGAGCCUUGUGCCCUCGACAUGUUUUUUUUUUUUUUUUCCUACCUUGUCUUUAUUUGCCAUGUGUGUUGGCUUCUCUUGUGAGGUCGGGUCCCCGUAGUAGGGUUUUUUAAGCCAAAGAGGUAAUAAGAACAGCCGCCGCAGCUCAGCGUUUGAAGCCUGAGGACGAGAAAGAAAACAAGCUCUUAUACAAAUACACUUUGAUGUUAAUGCGCUGAGGUUGCGGCUGUUUUUUCAUGGUUCUCCGGCUUAGCUGCGCUGUGGGUUGAGACGGCAACAACCAUGUAAGUUUCUUACACGUCAACAAUGAGCGAAGAUGAUUAGAACCAUUCCAGAGCAGUCUGUUUUUUGUUUUGCUUUGUUUUUUACAUGCUUUUGUAAACUUUAGUUUAUAGUACUUAGUUCAUAAAUAUUUAUAUGAUCCAAUGAAAUGUAAUUGUUCUUACAUGAUUGUGCGUUAUAGCUUACGUGCACCUUGUGGGUGAAAUUUAUAUUUUCAAUGAAAAAUUAUUUCACGUCAGUGUUUUUUUAUACUUCACUUCUUGUAAUUGUACAGUUUUGUAAUUAUAUAAAGGUAUUGUUUCUACUUUC